AUGAGUCAGUUGUUGGGUCGUCAGGACUGUAUCGAUAGUCUCCGGAAAGACCUCGUCGACCUUCAAGGUGCGAUUCUGGACGUGUUUUCAAGAACCGGACCGGUCCCCUUUUCCUCCUGGAAGUUCCCUGAUAAGCUGUCAUGUAAUCUGGACAUGGUAGCUUUACUGGAGCAAUAUGACUUUGUGGAUGGGGAGGAUGCAUUCAAUCAGCACUCCCACAUUGUGUUGUUGGAGUUGGUGAUUGACAGACUGCUGCUUCUUCUACAAAGCUUCAAUGCUUAUGUUGAGCAAAGUAGGUGCAGCCACAGGAGAGAACAAACCCCGCAGAAAAGAUGCCUGUCAGUUGGUCUUGUAGUCAGAAACUACUGGAGUAAUUUAGUUCAGUUUGCCAACCUCAAGGAGACCUACAAAGACAUCAAGAAACAGACAAAAGCAAAGACAUUUGACUGUGAUGAAACGGAGACAGAGUCAUCAUUGUCCUCCCAGAAUAGCACAAGCACACAUUGCUUAUCUGCUCAGUCUUCAACAAGCUCCUUUAAGUUUUUGCCACACAAUCAUGCACCCUCCAGUGCUACCCACAAUGCCCUGUGCAAUCCUAAAAUUGACAGCCACAACGUUGGCUGCCAGACUUUUGAAUCAUCCCUUGUUCCCUGCGAUGCAUGUCACCAAGCACAGUCCACUGUGAGAAAAACAGGACAUGCUUUGGUGGAACUGCUCCAGAGUGAGAGCCUGCCUUCAUCUCUGCAGCCACUCUUAGUAGCUGUGGAGGAGACCCUGGAGCUGGGACACAUGACAGCAGGCGACGUGACCCAGUGGGCCAAUGAGCAGGUCAGAGACAUGCGCCGGCUGGCAAAACAUCUUCAGGAUGUGCGGGGUACCGUGCAGCCUCUGAAAGACAGACUAGAGGCAGCAGAGGCAGAACGGGGCAGAUUCAAGUCUCAGCUGGAAAGAACACAGAAAGAGUUCAAGCAAGAAAUGGAAAAACAGCAAGCGAACACAGUCCAGCUGGAGUUCUCACUGCAGAAAGCACAGAGAUCUGUCAAAGAAACAGAGCAAAGGCUACAAGAGGAGCAACAACAACUCAAGAGAGAGAUGUUGUGCUUGGAGGAGAGUAAUUCCAGACUGAAAGAGAAAGUAGCAGCACAGCAAGAUGCAUUACAGGCACUUGACUGUGAAAAGAAUGUGCUACAAGAGAAAGUGAGGACCUUGCACAUAGAACAAGAGACCUGUUGUAAACUACAGCAAAGGAUCCAGCACUUGGAGAUUCAGAUCUCUGAAACUCAACUCCAUCUCCACAAAGAGAGCGCCAAAUACCACAGUGCCUGUCGUCAGCAAGAGUCAAUGCAGGCAAAGCAAAAAUCUUUGUUAGAGAGAGUUGACACUCUGGAUGAAGAGUGUGAAGAGCUGCAGAGGCAGUUGGGAGAGAGGGAGGAGAGACAGAUCGACCUUCACAGUCAGCUGCAGCAGAUAUCAGAGGAGAAGGAACAAAUGCAGGUGCAGCUCACUCAACAGCAGGACCUGUGUUUGGAGCUCCAAAAGGAGAAGCAGACACUAGAGAUGCACGUAGGCGAGCUGAAGAACAGCGUGGCUGAGCUGAAGGAACACGUGCGAGCUUUAGAGGAGAGGGAGAGGCUGUUGGUGGCUUUCCCAGAGCUCAGCCCUCUUGCUCAUACACAACCACAGAGUACGGGAAAUGUGCUUUUGGAUAUGGAGCAACAGCUGCAGGCAAAUAUCAUUCGUAUAAAAAUUCUGGAGCAGGAAAACACUACCCUGCACACCAGCCUUGUGAAACUGAGGGAAAGAGCACAAAAUAAUGCCACUGGGGAAGCCUCACCUCAGCAGGCAUGGAGCCUCUCUCCGCCCAGCACACCAGUAGAAAUGCAGACAAGUCAGUUGCAGAGCUGCAGUGCAACAGGGCUGGGCUACAGUCACAGAGGAAGGGGAGGAAAACGAGGGGAAAGUGGUCUGAAGUCAGCUGGGUCAGGGGAUCAUGUGUCCCCUGCUGUUGCCUCCCCCCUGUCCCUGCAAUAUCACCUUCAAACCCUCCACCUCAACACAGGCUCCAAUGCUGCUAAAACCUAUACAAAAACACGCAGUGGUUCUCCCCUCUCUCACUCCAGAAGCUUAAAUCAGAGGAAAAAAUUAAACUGAAUGCGUAAAUGCAAGAUGCUUUUGCAGUUGGAGAGAGAAAGAACACAGCAUUGUAGAAGGAUAUCUGGCAACAUUAUGACGUCUUAUUGUAAAUUAUACCACACCCACUUUUUGUAGUUUUACACUGUCACUGUUUACACUUAUUACAGUGGAAUACCACUGUUACCACUACAUUCUCAUUGAUUUCAAUAUAAUAA